UCUCACUCCUUCAAUUCCCACUCUUUGAAAAUGGCGCCGCCAACACUUUUUCUCUCUCUACUCUCUCUCUUCCUCCUUUCCUCUCUCUCCACCACCCUCUCCGCCGCUCCGGCCUCCGUACAGAACCCCGAACUCGUCGUUGAAGAAGUACACAGGAGCAUAAUCAACGCGACGAAACGGAGGAAUUUGGGAUAUCUUUCAUGUGGAACGGGAAAUCCGAUCGACGAUUGCUGGCGGUGCGAUUCAAAUUGGGAGAAGAAUCGCCAGAGAUUAGCCGACUGUGGAAUCGGAUUCGGCAAAAACGCCAUCGGCGGCCGUGACGGUAAAAUCUACGUCGUCACCGAUUCCGGCGACGACGAUCCCGUUAACCCAAAACCGGGAACUCUCCGGUACGCCGUAAUCCAAGACGAACCCCUUUGGAUCAUCUUCGCUCGCGAUAUGGUAAUCCGAUUAAAAGAGGAACUAAUCAUGAACUCAUUCAAAACCAUCGACGGCCGUGGCGCCAGCGUCCACAUCGCCGGCGGCCCCUGCAUUACAAUUCAAUACGUAACGAACAUCAUAAUCCAUGGCUUGAACAUUCACGAUUGCAAGCAAGGAGGAAACACAGACGUGAGAGAUUCCCCAAGACAUUUUGGGUUCCGAACUAUCUCCGACGGCGAUGGCGUUUCAAUCUUCGGCGGCAGCCAUGUCUGGGUGGAUCAUUGCUCGUUGUCGAACUGUAAGGAUGGGUUGAUCGAUGCGAUUCAUGGGUCGACGGCGAUUACGAUUUCGAACAAUUACAUGACGCAUCAUGAUAAAGUAAUGUUGCUUGGACACAGUGAUUCGUAUACUCAAGACAAGAAUAUGCAGGUCACCAUAGCUUUUAACCACUUCGGUGAAGGGCUUGUUCAACGAAUGCCCAGAUGCCGACAUGGGUAUUUUCACGUGGUGAACAAUGACUACACGCAUUGGGAAAUGUACGCCAUUGGAGGAAGUGCUGCUCCGACCAUUAACAGUCAAGGCAACAGAUUUGUAGCUCCAAAUGACAGAUUCAGCAAAGAGGUGACAAAGUACGAGGAUGCGCCGGAGAGUGAGUGGAAGCAUUGGAAUUGGAGGUCGGAAGGGGAUAUGAUGGUGAACGGUGCGUUUUUCACGGCUUCCGGCGCCGGAGCGUCGUCGAGCUAUGCUAGAGCGUCGAGCUUAGGUGCGAGGCCGUCGUCGCUGGUCGGGACAAUUACGACCAAUGCGGGUGCACUGAACUGCAGAAAGGGCUCCCGCUGCUGAUUAUUACUCAUUAAUUAAACAAACAAAAAAAGACUAAAAAGUGAACCAUGAAGGGUCAGUCAAUCUGAUUCUUUAAUUUAUGUUUUUUGGGCUUUUUUUAUAAUUAAUUUUGUUUUUGGGUUGUUUUUAUAAUUAUUGCAAUAUACAACCUCCGCAUGUAAUUAUUGGAACUAUUGGGGGCUUCCUUUUAAGAACCUCAAUAGUCUCAUAUCAAAGUCAAAUGCAGAAGAGUUGAUAUUUUGAUUAAGUAA